GCCCUUUCUUGAGAAGCUAUUACUCGAUUUCCCUUGAAGACAGUGAUCACAAGCUUUUGAGCAACCCUUUCUCUGAAAAGGAAAUUUGGGAGGGUCUUUCGGAUUGUGAUGGGUCUUAAGUGCGGAGUCCGGACGGGUUUCCUUUUGAAUUCUAUAAGAAAUGUUGGGGCUGGUUGCGUGUGGAUAUCGUUAAUGCCUUCAAUGAGUUCUUUGCCAGCGGACAUCUCCCAGCUUUUACUUCCCACUCUUUCAUUUGCCUUGCCCCUAAAAAAGACUCUUUCGAGACAGUUAGGGAUCUCAGGCCUAUCAGUCUUAUGGGAAGCAUAAAUAAGAUUGUCAAUAAAGUUUUGUCUAGGCGUUUCAGCUUAGUUCUCCCUAAAUUGGUUUCUAAAUAUCAACACGCGUCCAUUAAAGGUAGGCAGAUUGCUGAGGUUGGUCUUAUUGCUAAUGAGCUGGUGGACAGCAGGAGAAGAAGCAAGAAACCAGGGCUCAUGUUCAAGCUUGAUAUCGAGAAGGCGUUCGACAAUGUUAACUGGGGUUGUUUGUUUCACAUUCUGGAUAGUUUGGGUUUCCCUCCGCAAGUCUCAAAUUGGGUUCAAGGUACCAUGUGUUUGCCUAUGCUGUCCAUCCUCAUCAAUGGGGAAGCCCAUGGAUACUUCCCGGCCUUUAAAGGGCUCCGCCAAGGCGACCCUCUCUCCCCUGGUCUGUUUGUCCUUGUGAUGGAUGUUCUCUCUUACAUGCUUAGCAAAGUCCACGAUGAUGGGUUGUUUGAAGGUUUCUUCAUGGAUGAGGAUCAGAGGAGGUGGGAAGUUUCUCAUCUCCUUUUCGCUGAUGACACGCUAAUUUUUGUGAUGCUAAUGCUGACCAAGUGCUAACAAUUUUGGCAACCUUAGUGUGUUUCCAGUCUGUCACAUGUUUAAGCAUUAAUCUUGAUAAAUCUACGAUGUAUACUGUUGGGGAUGUUCCGGAGCCGGAAUUCUUCGCCAACAUCUUUGGUUUCAAGUGGAGUAAGGAACCGCAAAAAUACCUCGGGUUCCCUCUUGGUGCUAGGCCUAAUUCUUCGGUCAUCUGGGAGCCUAUUAUUGGGAAAUUUUAGAACAAGUUGGAUGGGUGGAAAAGUAAGUAUUUAUCUGCUGGAGGGAGGAUUAUUCUUAACAUAUCGGUGCUUUCUAGUCUGGCGGGCUACACUUUUUCUCUGUUCAAAGCCCCGAGGGUUGUUAUCACAAGUAUGGAAAAUAUCCAGAGGAGAUUCCUCUGGAAUGGGGCGAGUGGGGGAAAUAAAACACCUUUGGUUGGUUGGAACUUAUGUAAAGCCUCAAAAGCCGAUGGAGGGUUAGGGGUGGUCGAUCUCUCUUCCUUUGACAGUGCUUUGUUGUGUAAGUGGUUAUGGAGGUUUGCUGUCGAGAGGAGUAGUUGGUGGCGGUCUCUCAUAGAUACAAAGUAUCCAAACUCUCUAUCUCAGUGGCAGACGAAGGAGUGUAGAAGGGGUUUCUCUGGCUCCCCGUGGGCCAACAUCUCGAAGGAGUACAACAUGUUCUGGAAACAUGCCUAUAUCGAUCCGGUAGUGGAGUGGAGGUGUCCUUUUGGCACGAUUGCUGGAUCCCAGGCCAUAUCCUCGCGUUUCCUUCCCUCGAGUUGCCGCCGCAGCGCUUAACCCUGGAGCUCAGAUAAGUGACUCUAUCUCUUUUAAUGGUGAGCGUUUUAUUUGGGAUCUUACUCUUAAUGUUUCUUAGCGGGGUGGGGCUGAGAGAGAGAGAGAGAGAACCUUGUGUCGCUGCUGCAUUCCUUUGAGUCUCAGCUUGCUCUUAAUGGUCUGUGUAGGGUGUCUUGGUCUCUUGAGAGCAGUGCUUCCUUUACCGUUUGCUCUCUGUACAGGAACCUCUCUAAGUUGAAACAUCGAGGAGUUCAAAACUUCCCAGUUGCCUCGGUCUGGAGAAAAGUUGUGUCGCUUAAGAUCAAUUUCUUCAUCUGGUGUCUUUUCACACAAAAAUUCUCACCAUUGACAACCUGAAAAGAAGAGGCCUCGCUCUCGUGAAUCGGUGUGAAUUAUGUCGGGCCGCUGAGGAUUCAAUUGAUCACUUGUUCGUGGAUUGCGCCUUCACUCGUGAGGUGUGGAAUGAUGUAGGCAGCAGGUGCAGAUUGAUAAAUAAGCCUUCAGUCAGUCUGGAAGCCUCUCUUCGCUGCUGGCCUUCAUCUGUCCCUGAGGAUAAUGCGAAUUGGGUGAUGUACUGUGUGCUCCAUGCUGCUUGCUGGAUGAUCUGGAACGAAAGGAAUGGCAGAGUCUUUAAGGAUGAGAAUCAUCGAUCUGGUUAUGUCUCGCGCAGGAUUACUCGUCAUAUCGCGGAGUGGCUGGUCGCAGCUGGCAAGUGGCAAGUGCGAUAGGGCUGACUUUUCUGGUUAGCUGCCAUGCUUUUGCUGGGGCUGGUGCAGGGCGCCUCCCCUCCCCCCCCCCCCCCUCGGGCUCUGCUUUAUGGCUGCUCGUGUCUUCGUUCUUUCCAGCAGGACCUGCUUUCCCCUGUUCGCCUUUUGUUUGCAGAAUGGGUCUGGUCCCAUUAGCAUCUUCUUUGGCCUCAUCCCUAGCCUGUUUUGAUUCGUUUUUUUUUAUCAAGUCUGUUUGAUCCUUCUUCGUUGGUUUUUGUUUCGUUUGUUCUCUUGUGUGUUCUUUCUUAUGUUUGUACUCGGCAGCUUUGGUUUUAAUCUAUUUUCAUCAUUAUAAAAAAAAAUUGUUGUUUGGAUACUCAUUUGUAAUUUGUUUGUAUUUUGAAUUUUAUUUUUUUUUUUUAAUUUUCAAUUUUCUUGUCACUUACUACAAAUUUUGGUAAAUUACAAUUUAGUACCCACAUUUAUUUUUUCUUACAAUUUAGUACCUAAACUUUCAAAAUUUUACAAAUAGAUCCAAUCUUUUGUUAGGAGGUAUUUCAAAUCACUAGUUGUUGAAAUGUAUUUGAAGUUGACAAAAAAUAUGCUAGACAUGUAUUUGGAAAUCACCUCAUGAAUUUGGGAUCGGUUAGCGUGCUAACCCCUCUAUGGGGUUGGAAAAAUGACACCCCCUAUUGAUUAUAGUUAAUUAUGGUAUUAAAUUCGUGUUGAAUUUAAUAAUUUUUAGGAAUUAAAAACUCAUUUUAACUACAUUCUUUUUUUUAACUACCAUUGCACUGAACUACAUUGAACUCAUAUUAAUUACAUUUUUUUUUGAACUACCAUUGCACUGAUACAACUAUCAUUGCACCUGUACACUGAUACCAUUGCACUGGUACAACUACCAUUGCACUGAAAAAGGAAAGUAAUUAAUAAAACUUUUAAUUCGGACAGAUUAUUAAACGCAACACAAAUCAAUUUCCUUAAAAGUAGGGGUGGGACUUCGAUUUCGGGUUUUUGGUUUAAACCAAACCCGAACCGACAAGGGGUCAUUUAUUUUUGGGUUUUCCGGUUCCAACACGAAAGGUGCUGUAACGGUUUCGGUUUCGGUGAACCCGCGAACCUGAUAAGGAAACCGCAAAACCGAAAUCGAGUAAUUGGCUCCCAUAGUGACGUUUUGAAACCAUAUAGUCUUUAAUUACUAUAUUAAUCGCGUAUGGGAAAAAGGGUAAGCAUUUAAAUCACAUUGCCAAUUACUUUUUAUUAUAAAAAAAUAUUGCUAAUGACCGCUUAUAAUUGCAACGGGUUGACUGUUAUAAAUACCUUGUCAGUGA